ACAAAAAUAAAUGAACUGAAGGUUGAGUUAGAACAAAUUACGCAAAAAGUUUUAUUAAAGUAUUCUGAUACUAACCAGUUGUAUAGUAAUCCCUUUCUUGAGAUUAAAGCAAAGGAAUUGGAAAAUGAAUUGGAGAAAGUUACGUCUAGAAUAAGUAAUCUGGAAGAUGAACUAGAUCAGAUCAUUUCGCAACUGCAUCAGUCAAUUAAUGAUUUAAAAAUAGGUAGUGCAGAAGUAGAUCCAGUUUCAUCAUCCAAUGAUUAUAAGCGAGGUGAAGCAGUAGAAAAGGUAUCCCAUUUUUCUUCACACUGUUCAGAGUCUGAACCUGAUGAAAGCAAAGUAAAAGAUGAGAUAAGGUUCCAAGGAGACCAUCUUGAU